CGUAGUCUCAUUUCUAUUAAUAUAUAUUAUAGCUAGUCCAAAUCACAUUACAGUUUCCGAGUCUUCGGCAACUGAGUGUGACGCCCGUGUAUGCAUUUGGGGACGACACCUUGUUCCGCGGAAACCACUCGUCGCUCGAAUUCCUAAACAUCACAAUGGACACCAGGACCAUAGGGAUGAUCAAAGAUCGCGGUGUGUUUGCAGACGGCAAGUACACCAAAUUACAGCACAUCAAGUUGAGCGGCCUACAGCACUUUGAAUCAGCAACCAACGCACUCGUCGAGUUUGCCCAGCACAUGUCGCCAGCUCUGCGGUCUCUAGAGUUGGUAUUUAGAUAUACACUGGAUCAAAAUAUGUUUUCUGAUAUUGCCAAUACAGCGGGCUUUGAAAGGCUACAAAUGCUGAGUCUGGGCAAUAUUGGUCUUCCAUUUAGCGGGAUCAUAUCGCUGGUCAAAUCAAUGCCUCUUCUUUGCGACAUUCAUUGCGAAAUGUCCUAUAUGGAUAUCAAUACUCAGGGUAUUAUGAACGCCAAGCUUCCCUCACACAUGCAUGCUACGUACUUUCCUCUGAGUCACAACUUUCGCUUUUGGAAUAUGGUUACUUGCCAGAAAACGUCGCCAAAGAACGCUGCUUCUGCCGCAUUGCUUAUGGCCGUCAUGUGCCCUGGCUUUUCUUGCGCUGCGGUAGCCAUCUAUGAGAAAGAAUCGUAUACUACUGAGCUGCACAAGGCUAUGCGUCUUGCAGGCUUUAGAAAAUUCGCUUCGCAGUGCAAAAAAUUAUUUUACUAA